AUGGGCAAGGUCGCCAAGAGACGGAACGGCCGGCGGGAGGAGAAAGCGGCGGGCCUCCCGCUCUCUCCCACCGCCUUCUCCGCGGCGGUCGCGCGCUCCGGCCCGGACGCCCUGCCCGCGCUCCACGCCCUCGCGGUCGCCUCCGGCCUCGCCGCCUUCGCGCCCGUCACCAACUCCCUCGCCGCGCGCUACGCCAAGGGCAACUCCUUCGCUGCGGCUGCCAGGGUGUUCGCCUCCGCGCGGAGCCGGGACGCGAGCUCCUACAACACCAUCCUCUCCGCGACCCCCGACCCCGACGAUGCGCUCGCGUUUGCCGCGCGGAUGCUCCGGGCCGGGGACGUGCGGCCCGACGCCGUCACACUCUCGCUCGCCGCCGGCCGCGGGGAGGCCCGCCUCGUGCGGCAGCUGCACGCGCUGGCGUCGCGCGCGGGGCUCGCCGGCGACGUCUUCGUCGGCAAUGCGCUCGUCACGGCCUACUCCCGGGGCGGGUCGCUGGACGCGGCCCGCAAGGUGUUCGAGGAGAUGCCGGCGCGGGACCUCGUCUCCUGGAACGCGCUGGUCUGCGGGCUCGCGCAGGACGGCGAGUGUCCGGCAGAGGUCAUCCGGGUGUUCCUUCGGAUGCUCAAGCACGGCGGCGUGCGGCCUGACCGGAUAUCGGUCUGCAGCGUGAUCCCGGCGUGUGGCGCCGAGGGAAAGCUCGAGCUUGGCCGGCAAAUCCACGGCUUCGCGGUGAAGCUGGGCGUCGAGGGUCACGUCUCCAUCGCCAACGUGCUCGUCGCGAUGUACUACAAGUGCGGCACUGCGCCCGGAGAAUCUUCGAGUUCAUGGGCGAGCGCGACGUCAUCUCAUGGACCACGGCGAGAUGGGGUGGCGCCGAACGAGGUCACCUUUGUGGCCAUGCUCUCGGCGAUGCCAGGAGACUGCCCGUCGAGGGAAGGGCAGAUGAUCCACGCGGUGUGCCUCAAGACCGGCCUGUCUGAUAAGGCAGCGGCGGCGAACAGCCUCAUCACCAUGUAUGCCAAGCUGCGGCGCAUGGAUGAUGCCAGGGUGGUCUUCAGUCUUAUGCCUCACCCGGAGAUCAUCGCUUGGAACGCUCUGAUCUCCGGCUAUGCCCAGAACGAGAUGUGCCAGGACGCGCUUGAGGCCUUCUUGGCAAUGGUGAAGAUCAUGAAGCCCAACGAGACGACGUUCGCAAGCAUCCUAAGCGCGGUGACUGCGGUCGAGACCGUGUCCAUGGCCUACGGCCAGAUGUACCACUGCUGGACGCUGAUGGUGGGGCUUGGCGCCAGCGAGUACGUCUUCGGUGCUCUCAUCGACAUGUACGCGAAGCGAGGCAGCUUGGAGGAGUCCUGGAAGGCGUUCGGCGAGACCGUCCACCGGAGCCUCAUUGCCUGGACAGCCAUCAUCUCGGCGAACUCAAAGCACGGGAACUACGAUGCCGUCGUGAGCCUCUUCAGUGACAUGGUGCGCUCCGGUGUCGCUCCUGACGGCGUGGUUCUGCUCUCUCUCCUCACCACCUGCCAGUACAGCGGGUUUGUUAGCUUGGGCUGUGAGAUCUUCGACUCGAUGGCCGCCAAGCACGGGGGCAUGGAGGCGGCUGCGCUACUUGAGGUCGAGGCUGCUGGGCGGGGGGCGAGAGGAGGAGGCGACUACCGGGCGGAACUGCUGCGGUGCGACAAGAGUGGGGAGGGGUGUGGUGCGACCAGGAGUGGGCAGGAGCCGAGUGCGUCGUCGUCAAGUGAGAGGGGCCGGGAGCGCAUCGCUGCGACGCUUGGCAAGUGCGGGCAUGCGGUGCUGGGAGAGGCACGGAUGGUCGCCGGCUUCCUGACGGAGACGGAGCCUACGGAAUGCGGCGCGUACGUGCUGCUGUCCAACAUCUACGCCGAGAAGGGUGACUGGGGCGCGGUGGCGAGGGUGCGGCGGCAGAUGCGGGAGAGAGCGAAAUGGGAAUUAAAAAUUCCAUUCAAACAGCUAUGUGAAUUUCAUCCAGUUGCGACUUAG